UUAACAUUUAUCAAAAAUUUCGACCGUACACCUUUCGUGCUUUGCUAGCCACAAACUGAGGAUACCACAACACUACGUGGCACAUCCUCAGUGGCCUCUCGAGAUUUGCUCUCUACACGCUGGCAAAUCUCCUGGCUGAUAUAUAUCCCCGUCGCAAACGCUCAGCCUCCAUCGCCCUCGCUGUGCUUGCUCUCUUCUUUGUCUUCCUUUCUUCGUCUUAGAUAUGGCGGCGUCGGCUUCGGCGAUCAGCAGCUCCUCCUUCUCCGGCCAGACUGCGCUCAAGAGCCCCAAUGAGCUCUCCAGGAAGGUCGGAAAUCUGGGAGAGGCACGCACCGUGAUGAGGCGAACCAGGGCCAGCACUCCCGAUAGCAUUUGGGGCGACUACGGCUGGGAUACCGCGGGUCUCUCGGCCGACCCCGAGACGUUCGCCAAAAACCGGGAGCUCGAAGUCAUCCACUCCCGCUGGGCCAUGCUCGGAGCUCUCGGCUGCGUCACCCCCGAGCUCCUCGCCAAGAACGGCAUCAAGUUUGGCGAGGCUGUGUGGUUCAAGGCCGGCUCGCAGAUCUUCAAGGAAGGUGGCCUCGACUACCUGGGAAAUCCCAACCUCGUCCACGCACAGAGCAUCCUUGCCAUCUGGGCCAGCCAAGUUAUCCUCAUGGGAGCCGUCGAAGGCUACAGAAUUGGAGGUGGACCGCUCGGCGAGGGGCUGGACAAGAUCUACCCCGGAGGUGCGUUUGAUCCGCUCGGACUCGCUGACGACCCGGAUACUUUCGCUGAGCUCAAGGUGAAGGAGUUGAAGAACGGCAGACUGGCGAUGUUCUCCAUGUUUGGUUUCUUCACUCAGGCCAUUGUUACAGGCAAGGGACCCAUCGAGAACUUGCUCGACCACCUUGACAACCCCACCGUCAACAAUGCCUGGGCGUAUGCAACCAACUUCACUCCCGGAUCCUAGACGCUUCAAUUUGCAAAGAAAAAAAGAAAAAGAUGAUGUUCCGAAAUCACUGUAAACCAGAAUAAAACAUGCUUACUUCUUGUCACUGUUGA